AUGUGUUUUAUUGCCCUUGCUUCGUGUCACUCACUGCGAUUUGCUUGCUUUCUUGUCUCUUGCCGCUGCGACCGGACAGAGGUAGCAAGGAAUAGCAACAGCGGCUGGGGAGAGGCGGCAGUCAAGAUUUGGUCUUUGGCAACAGGCAAGAUGGAGAUCCGCUGCCUACCCUCCGAGGAGCUGCGGUGGAACUUUCUGGAGGAAAUCUACGCCAACUACGAGGAGGUAAACGCCCAACAGAAGGAAAUAGCCAGGCGGAAGCGUGAGAUGGGCUCGGAGAUGCCGGAUAGCAACCGGAAGAAAAUUUAUCGGGUGCUUUUUAGUGAAAACCCCUCCGACAUCGCGCGUUUUGGUGACUGGGACACGUACGAGAAAAUCCAACUGAUGCUGAACAAGUUUGUGUACAGUCGCAACCACAACACGUCCAAUGGUGACACGAAGGAGGCAGCCCUCAACGAGCGCAUUGAUAUUCUGAGCGGCAUACGUGCACAACAGGCGGAGCGCAUUGCGUCGCUGGAGACAACCCUGGCAUCCACACAGGAGGAAUUGGCAGGGCUCAUGGAUAUGCUUCGGAUGAGGGAUGGGGAGAUCAGGAAAGUGAAGCGGAUGUUUCUUAUGAAGCAGCUGGAGCAUUCCCAGCAGCAGCGGAAUGGUGAGGCUGCGGAUGGCGCCGCCAUGGAGCAACGCAAGAGCGUCUAUAACGACAUGAACGCACUUAUUGAGGUUAAUAAGGUCAUCGAGCGGGAGAACGCGCGACUACGCGCUGCGUUGGAGGCAAAGGAAUUUUUGGGUUGUGCCACCUCCAGGACCUUCACGGCAGCAAGCGGGCAACAGCCAGAGCGAGUGGAUGGCAGGCGGCGGAGUGAGAACACGGCCAGCUCCUCUGCCAAUGUUCACUGGCGAAAGGCCCCUCAUGCUGGAGGUGAAGCCGAUUCACCGGCCCAAGUCAAUCCGCAAAAUCCGGAGACAGAGGUGGUCGCCCCUACGGCCCCGCCGCCCUCUACGGGAGGUGGCCCUUGCGUCGGCGGUGGGGUGGGGACAUGCGUCUUGAGUACCUCCCAAAGGGGCGGCACCCAAAAGGUGGGCGGUGUGGUAACGACGGGGCCUGAGUCGUCGUGUACGAAGAAGAGAAAAGCAACUGAGGUGAUGGACGCGGAUGAUUUUGAGGGACACGAUUUUAUGAAGGUAACUGCUGGCGCCCAGCGCCGCCAUGAAACAUCACCCCUCUCUGCGAGCAGCACCAUAAACUUUGGCAAGAGUACCACAAACAUGGAACAGCUUAGCGAAGUUGAGGCGAGAAGAAGAUACAUUCAGCGGCAGGCGCCGAUGACUAGCGUGCUUAUGCGGCUUCACAAGGAGCGGAUGAUGUGGCAGCGCCUGCUGGAAGCCGAAGCGGCCAACACCAUGGCAUUUCUUGACCACGAUGCUUACUUGCCGUGCGCUGCCCAUUUCGAUCCAAGGAAAGACCCUGCUGGUUUAAGCGCGGCAAGUUUGACGGGACUUCGGAGCCAGGCUUCGAGACCGUUUGGGAGCACCAUUCAUCUUCGCCUCUCUGACGAAAGCAUUAAAAGCUACAGACGAGGGCCGGCGCAGAGUUUGAGCCAAAAGUACACGGCCGUCGCGGAGGCCAGAUCACCCCCGCAGAGCCCAGGCAACGUGAGCACAGCGAGUUCGGGAUAUCGCACCUCGCAGAAGAGUGCAGGCGGUGAGGGCAUGAUGAGCUCAGGAGAAAGCUGCUCUUCCCUGCCAACCGCGAGGGGGCAGAAGAAGGCGAGGAUAACAAGAUGCCUCGCGCGGCGCGAGCCUGAGGAGCGGGAAGCGCAACAGGAGCAAAGGGAGUUGCGCAAUGCAGUUGCGCGCCCCUCGCGACCAUACGCUCAGGCAUCUGUAAGCAGUCGGCCACAGUCCUGCGGAGGCGGUGCGGGACGACGCCGCUCAACGGUGGGGCGCGGGUCGCUGAGGCAAGAACCAAAAACGGAGGACGCGACCGCCACCCCUUGGCGAGCUUCUUCUGGCGACGCCGAGGCGAAGGCUGUGGAGGAGCCCCGCAGAGGUUCGACUUUUGGAGCGGCUUCAACCACGACAGUCGGCCGCCACGAGGGCCAAGAGCAGCACGAUGUACCAAAGGAGGAAGGGCCUUUGGGUUGCGAAGGGGCGGCGGGGCACCACAAGGCCCUGCACACGCUAAAGCUUGAGAUGGGGGCAGUGCGGGAUAAACAUCAACGCCUGCGUGUGGAAAUGGAUGAAUUUUUUCUCGCGUUCAACCAAUAUCUUCAGAUGUUACGAGAUCGUAGCGAACAGCUGGAGCACGGCGUCGAGGCCGAACGCGCAGCCGUCGUGUCUGGGAUGGCGGAAGAAGUCGUAGGGGACAUGGUGGAGCAGAGGGUUUUUGAGCGACUCGAACAGCACGGCAUCGUCCUCCAGCGGCAUCCGGGACCCGCGUCUGCUUUGACGGACGAGGAAUGGGCGCACAAUCAGUUCUACGAUGCCAUCUGCAAUGCGGCAAGGGGGCGUGUCGCUGGGGAGUUGGUAAAGGCAAAGGGCGGGCGCAAGAAGAAGCGGGAGGACCAACAAGGGACACGACACCCAUGGCCACCAAGUCACCCGCCGCUUUCGGGCCCCAUCCCGCCGUGCAAAGUUACAACGCCAGCCAAGGACGCCAGCCCCUCCGCAGGGAAGACGGCAAGCGGUUGGUUGCCAAGACCGCACUCCGGGAACGACCUCGCGCCUGGAGAACCCAAUGGCGAAGCUUGGCCCUCGGUGGCGCCGCAGCGCCCUCCAGGCGCAGGCCCAGAGGAGGAGGGUGAAACGGCGACGGCGGGGGGGCCAACGAGCGGCGGCCACAAGCAUCCUGCGGUUCAGCUCGGGGAAUGCUUGAAUCGCUUGGCGGCGCCAAGUGGAAGCACCCGGGGCGAAUACGAAAGAGCUCCGGGGGCCGGUCCCGUGUUGCCGCUUUCCGCGGCAUUCCCGCACAGGAAAGAAGAGCAGGCGCAAAUCACACCGCGACACGCUUUCCCAUUGCCGCCCAAUGUUGGCUUUUUUUCAAGCCCCCUUGGCCAAGCCGGCCUGAUCGGGCACGCCGAUUGGGGCCACAACGCCGCCCCGCCACCGAAGCGGUUUGAAGGAAAUGUUUUGGCGUACCUGCGGAGCCUCCAACCACGCAGGCCCGCAGGAGACGUUGAGGACAUGGCGCCCGCGGUGCGCCGGUAUGACUUUCAAGCCGCUCUCGCGGAGAUGAGGGCGGAGUUUCGAGGCACCGUCCGCGCCGCGGCCGCUCAGCUCCGAAAACCAUUCUUUGAAAACGCCUUCAAGAACCAGAUAUUGCCUUACGCAGCGGCCGCUAAAUCUCUGCAAAAUGGCCAACGGAUGCCGCCCUGGAUGUUGGCGGCGGUUCGGCAGCUGAGAGUGGAAGAGGAACGGAGAAAUCGAGAAAUGAGACGGCACCUCUUUGCGCGGGUUGCGACAAAUUUGCGUGCGAGACGACUACUGAAUAGCAAUGUUUGUAGAGGAUUGGCGAUGGCCGCCUACGUGGUUGUGCUUUGGGAAAAGUGGCUGGAACGCUGGCGAAUGAAAAGCGCGGUUCAGCGGAUAGAAAAGGCGGCUGAUAUAAACCGCAUGUUGGAUCUGCUCGCCGCCAACCUGCGAGGCCGACCCCGGCAACGACCAGAAGGGGUAGGGAAUCUGCCGGAUGCGAAAACGGCGCUCCUUGACCCAAGCAGCUCGCACUUUAGUGAGGUUCGGUUUCCCCCCAGGUCGGCAUGA